GAAGGCAGGCAACAGCAGCCCCAGCUAGUAUAUUCACAUUUCACUUGUAAAAUGGCUGAUCACAGGGACCGCGAGGCGUAUUAUUCUCAGUCCGAUCCGCGUUCGAAGAACGACGACCCACCGAAUUCAAGAUUGUUUGUGAUCUGCCACAAAAGUUUGGAGGAAGAUGACCUCAGGAAGGCGUUUGAAAAGUUUGGAAAAAUCGAGGACAUUUGGGUUGUCAAGGAUCGAAAUACUGGGGAAAACAAGGGGGUCACAUAUAUUAAGUUUUCGAAAACAUCGGAAGCUGCUUUUGCAUUGGAAGAAAUGAAUGGAAAGAUGUUGGGAAGUGUUGGUCGACCGAUUAAAGUUAUGAUCGCAUCAAACCGAGACCAAGGAUCUGUCAGAGAAACGAACGAGGAGGAGAGGUGGGUACGUUUGUUUUGUGUGCUCCCAAAGUCAAUGACGGAUGGAGAACUGCAGCAGGAAUUUUCGAAAUUUGGUCCUAUUGAUUACGUAACGGUAGUCAAGGACAGGAUUACAAAUGAGUCGAAAGGUUUUGGCUACGUUAAAUUCAGAAAAGUAUCAAGUGCUGCGAAGGCGUUCGAAGAAUGUGACAGAAAGUACAAAGCUGUCUUUGCUGAGCCGAAGAAGCCCAAACCGGAUCAUAGCGAUUUAAAAUAUAACAAUGGUAUUUCUGCAAACUAUGAUAGCCACGGAGGAGGAUACGGCACCAGUAAUUUUGGCAAAAGUAGCAUCAGCCUGGAGAUUGCAACUAAUUAUCCGAAUGCCGAAGGUUAUACUCGGUUACAGGUCAUAGCGCAUCCAGCUUUAAACCAAGACCAGCUUUGGAGACUUUUCGACAUUGUUCCUGGCUUAGAUUACUGUCAUUUGAAAAUGGAUAUGAGAUAUCGAAUGCCGCGAGGGCAAGCUACGGUAGUUUACUCAAAUUCCAGCGCCGCUGCUUAUGCUAGGGAAAAGUUUCACGGUUUUGAAUAUCCUCCCGGUCACAGAAUGAUUGUGAAACCUGAUGUGACUGGCGGAAGUCCUCAGAGAAGUACAGCUAAACCUGGCACCUCCAAUUCGUCUGGUAUAGCUGGCACAAGAACAGAUUUAGCUCACUUGGCUGAAACUAUUGCCCAAGCUACAUCAUUGAUUCAAGCUGCUGGUCUUACGGCACCAAGUGUUUGUCCGUUGGUUACAGGUUUGGAACAUACAGUAAAUAUAAAACUUCCACCAGUUGAACCAAUGGCUAGUAUCGAUGCAGAAAUUGCUAAGCGAUGUUUCAUCGUGUGUGGACCACCUGUGCCUCCAAUCUACGCUAUGAAAGAUGCUUUUUGUAGAUUUGGGAACUUGAUAGAUGUGUAUAUGCUUCCUGGAAAAAAUUGCGGAUACGCCAAAUAUGCGUCUGCCGAAAGCGCGGACAAAGCUAUUAAGACACUGCACGGACAAGAGAUCUGCGGAUCACGUUUGAAGGUGUUGGAAGCUGAGGAGAGGAACGUAGGCGACGAUCGGCGAAAACGUCUUCGAAUGGACGAAGAUGAAAAUUGAAGACGCUGUACACAACGCACUGACUGGUAUACACAAGCUGGACGCACGCCACAAAUGAGACGAAUUUUAAGACACACUGACCACGUCGGGCCUGCAGCCAAGGAAACUACUUCAACCUACUUUUAUACAAUCGCUUACGUUGGAAAACUCAAACGUUACUGAAAACUAACGUUACUUUACUUAUCCAUACUUAUUACUACACUUUGCUCAGUUUAUUCGAUACUAUAACUCCGAGUAGGCCUGUGCAAGCAGUGAUGUAUAUUUAUUUACACACACACACACACAUAUAUAUAUAUAUAUAUAUUUUUGUUUUCUAGAGUAGAACAAAGUUGAUUUCACUGAAUUGACAUAGACAAACGGCAUAAUAUUAAUUUAUAGUGACACCAGAAAGGGGGGGGGGGGGGGGGGGUACAUGAGUGUUUGCAAGUUAAUGUGUGUGUUUUUAUUCAUCGUUGUAUUUAAUAUUUUACAUCUACUUAACAGAAACAAUCAGCAACAGAUUUGAAAAAAUUUUAGUGUUACAAUCUUUUUUUUUUCGUCCAAAUCCGUCUUUCAAUAUGUUAUUUAUACCUGUGUACUCUUAUUCAGGCCCAAUUUCAACCAUUUAAUAUUAAUAUUGAAAAUCGUCUUACUUUACUGAAAAUUAUUACGAAGUACGGUACGUACAUUGGCCAAACGUCGU